UCAAACAACUCAUAUAAAAUGGAAUGGAGAGACACUAUUUCUUUCAAAAUAUCCACCAAAGAUAAGACAUCAAUGAAAAAAUGAGCAAGCCUUGUUGUGAUUAUAACAAGGAUAAAACACAAGAAGCUUGGUCUAAAGAUGAUGAAGAUGAGAUUAUCUAUUUUUCUGAGGAAGAAGAAGAUCUCAUCAUCAGGUUUCAUGCCCUCCUUGGUGACAGAUGGUCACUUAUAGCAGAAAGAUUGUCAGAGCAUAGUGAUAAUGAAGUGAAGAAUUAUUGGAACUCCCAUUUGAAAGUAAAACUUACAAAAAUGGGAAUCGAUCCAAUGAAUUAUCGUAUACAUGAGUAUGUUCAUAAGAAAAACCUCGAAUUUUAUUCGUCAAAAAAUAAAGAAUUCAAUGCAGAUGUUUCUGAUGCUGAAAGUUCCUCUACAUAACAAUAUAUCAUCUACAUAAUUUUUGAUGUUAAAAGCUUUUUUGCACAAUAAUAUAUACCAUCUUA